AUGCGCGCUUCCUUCUACUCCGCUCUGGCGCUGUGCGCUCAGAGCCUUGCUAUGCCUCUGGAAAGGCGGCAGUCUGGCCUCACGCAAGUCAACGACUUUGGCGAAAACCCGACGGGGACGGAGAUGUACAUUUAUGUGCCCUCGAAAGUUGCUGCGAAGCCUCCGAUCAUCGUCGCGAUUCACUACUGCUCUGGAACUGCCCAAGCGUAUUUCAGCGGAUCUCCGUACGCUCAGCUGGCUGAUCAGUACGGCUUCAUCGUGAUCUACCCGUCAUCUCCGUACGAAGGAACAUGCUGGGACGUUGCGAGCGAAGCGGCCUUGACGCACAACGGUGGAGGCGACAGCAAUUCCAUCGCAAACAUGGUCUCCUACACGCUCGACAAGUAUGGAGGCGAUGCCAGCCAGGUCUUCGUGACUGGGUCAAGCUCUGGUGCUAUGAUGACCAACGUGAUGGCCGCCACCUACCCUGAACUCUUCAAAGCAGCUACUGCAUACUCUGGUGUCCCUGCGGGGUGCUUUGUGUCCACUGGCCAAACUUCUGCCCCGGCAGCAGGCACCACUCCUGCCUGGAACUCGACGUGCGCUCAAGGCAACGUCGAUGCCUCUCCCGAGUACUGGGCUUCCGUGGUCAAGGCCAUGGACCCAGGCUACUCUGGCAAGAGGCCUCGUUUCCAAGUGUACCACGGAAGUGCCGACACCACCCUGUACCCUGAGAACUACGAAGAGACCGUCAAAGAAUGGACAGGCGUCUUCGGACUCGACUAUUCCAGCCCGGACUCUACCGAGGAGAACAGCCCAAAGAGCGGGUACACCACCGAGACUUGGGUCGAUAACUCGAACAACCCAAUCGUCCAGGGCAUCUAUGCUGAAGGCGUGGGCCACACUGUCCCUAUCGAUGGCGAUGGGGAUAUGAAGUGGUUCGGUCUCGGACCAUACGCUGGAUCUGGCGGCAGUUCGCCUUCGGCCAGCGUCCCAGCUUCCUCUCUCCCUGCCAGUUCUGCUGUCGGCAGUAGCGUGGCUCCUGCACUAGCAAGCUCUGUCCUAGUUAGUUCUGCUCUCGGCAGUGGACUGCCCUCUUCACAAGCAAGCUCUAUCCCGGCCAGCUCGGUAUACGGCAACUUCUCAUCUGUCGUGGCGAUGCCAUCUUCGUCAGCAGCUCCAGUGUCUUUUUCCGCGCCGCCAGCUUCAUCGAGGGCAUACCCAGCGAAUGCAUCCUGCACAGAGGUCAUCACCAUUUCCGCAUCUUCCUCCGUUGGGGUGGCUCCCGUCUCUAUAUCUGCAUCCGCUUCAUCUCAACCUUGCAAGUCCCAGAUCAUCACCAUCAGCGCUUCCGCGGCCCCGGUGUCUUCUUCAGCAGCCCCAGCCGGUUCGUCUUGUUCAAUCGACUGGGUCGACAUACCUGACGAAUCUUCUUAUGCCCCUGCCAGCUCCAUGGUCCCUUCAGUGUCAAUCUCAUCUGGGGGUUUCUCAGCACCAGCAAGUGCUGCCCCGUCCGGCCCUUCUUCUGCUUCUGUCGCUGUUUCUUCCGUGGUCGAUGCAAUCUCUGCCUCGUUGUCGUCAGGGCCCGCUGCAAGUGGUAGCGCUGCACCCAGUGCCGCUCCCCCAAGCGGCGGAGAUGGCUCUGGACCUCGUGUCACGGGCACGGCAACUGGUCCGGGCUCGAGCAGCCUGAACGAGGCCUUCGUUGCACAGGGCAAGCACUAUUUCGGAAACAUUGGCGAUCAAGGCACACUCGGCAGUGGCUCCACUGCAGACAUCAUCAAAGCAGACUUUGGCCAGCUCACACCCGAGAACAGCAUGAAGUGGGACGCCACGGAGCCAUCGCAGGGCACUUUCACCUUCGACGGUGCCGAUUAUCUUGCAGACUUCGCAGUCGAAAACAACAAAGUCCUCCGCUGCCACACUCUCCUCUGGCACAAUCAGCUUCCCGACUGGGUCACAGCCAUCACUGACAAAGACGAACUCACCAAAGUGAUUCAAGACCACAUUGCGGGCGUCGCCGGCCACUUUGCCGGCAAAUGCUACGCAUGGGACGUCGUCAACGAGAUCUUCGAAGAAGACGGCACCCUCGAAGCCGACCACUUCCUCAACACCAUCGGCGAAGACUACGUGCGCAUCGCCUUCGAAGCGGCGAAGAAGGCUGAUCCGUACGCCAAGCUCUACAUCAACGACUUCAACCUCGACUCCGACAGCUACGCCAAAACGACCGGUCUCGCUGCCAAAGUCAAGGAAUGGAUCGCUGAUGGCAUCCCUAUCGACGGCAUUGGCUCGCAAUCUCACCUGAGCGCUGGUGUUAGCGGGACGCAGGAUGCGCUGGAGCUUCUGGCUGGAUCUGCCUCAGAGAUCGCCAUCACUGAGCUUGACAUUGCGGGCGGUGCUGCUGCUGAUUACGAAGAGGUGGUGAAGGCUUGUUUGGCGGUCGACAAGUGCGUUGGUAUCACUGAGUGGGGUGUUACUGAUGACCAGAGCUGGAGGGCUGGCGAGUCUGCGACACUGUUUGACAGCAGCUUUCAGCCCAAAGAUGCUUACACGUCACUUGUGCAGAUGUUGCAGUAG